UACUGGAGUUUUCACAUGUAAUCUGGAAGCUAAAUCAAUCACAAAAAUGAAACAAGCAAAGCAUCCAUCAACCUUUAGUAUGAAAUUGACAAGUGUUCCAGUAUUACCUUAUAAGAAAAGACUACUGACUCCAUCACCUAAGCCAAGAGAAAAACAUGAUGCUAAGUCAACACCUGAUAAAAAUGAACCAAUGGUCCUGAGAUCUCCACCCACAGGAGAGUCAAUGGUUCGCUUUGCCUUGCCAAUACCAUUGACUAAGACAAAGGAAAUAAUAUCAAGUUUUGAUAUAGUCAGGAGGGUUAACACAAAUCUGAAGACGAUUGUUUCUAACUUGGAAGACACCUAUGGAACUGACAAUGAUGGUGGAAAAAAAAAAGCAGAAAAACUUCAAGCAGAAGACUUGUCUGUUGGUAAUGAUGUGAAGUCAUUCUUGUUGUGCUGUUCAGAAUUUACUUCUCAGCUGGAGGAAGCAGUUAAAGAGGAAUGUAAUGUUUUGGAGUCUCUUUAUAAGUGGUUUCAGCGACAAGUCAACGAAAUGGAGGAGAUCAGCAAAGGCCAAAAUAUCUUAGAAGCAGAAAUUCCAGCAGAUGGCAAAUCGGCCAGUUUGAACAUUGUACAAAUUGCAAAACUGGCGCGUAAAUUCGAAGAUAUUAAAAUUCGCCUAAAAGACCGCAAGGCGGCCAUACAGGCUAAACAAGAGGAUAAAGCGAUGCUAGCAGAAUCAUUGAAACAAUAUGGACUCUUAGAAAAGCAAAUUGAAGAGUUCAUAAAAUCACAUUCAACUUUAGAAUCUGAAGUUGAAACCGAGUCAGCUUCCGGACAACCAAGUGGCUCACCAGCAAUUCCUGGUCCAGAAGAUCAAAACCAGCAGGAUCUCCAUGACAUGGAGCAACAACAGAAUAUUCAAGAGGAAUUCCUAUGGGGAUCCAGUUUUGAUAGUGUAGCAGAAGACAUAGGCCUUGAAACAGACCAAUGGGUUACUGCAAUGAACAUUUGCAAAUAAAAGAUGAGAUGAUAAAUGGC